AUGGGGAUUGCCUUGAGAGGCGAACCCUAUUCUGAUGAACCCUCAACACCAGCGGAAAUAUUAUUUAACCGGAGGACUUUUCCUAGCGUCAUAGCAACGAGUGGUCGGCGUCGGAUGAUGUCGAAUCUGUUCUAUGGUCGUUGGACAGUAGGCGGUCGACGUGACAGAAGCGGUCCUGCAUCUUUUUUGUUUCUCCAUUGCGAAAAAAUAAAGGCUGAGACACUGGAUACCAGAGUUGGAAGAGAGGCGGUGUUUGGGCUGGUGGAUGAAGAGGCUUUAGCAGGAUUAGAGGAAUGA